AGGAGGUUCAUAUCUUAGUGCAGAUAUAUUCGAUCCCCCUGCAGCAAUGUGGGCGUUCAUCCAUUCUAAACUGGAUGGGUUUCCGUGAGAGGAAGUUAAUCGGAAGGCUUGGGUGUGACCGUAACUGUAACUUGCCUCCUGAGGGUGAACUAUCAAAUCAGUCAGCGAUUAAGCAUGUCACCUCCCUUCAAAGUCGAUCCAUUGGAGGGACUCGUACCACGCUAUGUGACUGUCAAGCAAGUAGGAAAUAUCUUGCAUGGAAACACUAAUCCGUUUACGAAACUACCCUAUUCUUCUAAAUAUAAGAGGAUUUUGGAAUCUCGAAAAAAGCUCCCGAUUUUUACUAAAAUCAACGAAUUUUAUGAUUUGCUAAAGAAGACUCAGGUCAUGGUCUUGAUCGGGGAAACUGGCUCAGGGAAAACCACUCAAAUACCUCAGUUUGUUGUUUACUCCGAUCUGCCGCACACCAGAGGGAAAUUAGUGGGGUGUACCCAGCCGCGCCGGAUCGCUGCAAUGUCUGUAGCGCGGCGCGUCGCGGACGAACUGGACGUCCAACUUGGAAAGGAGGUGGGAUAUACCAUCCGUUUUGAGGAUAUGACCGAGCCAGGAAAGACCUUCCUCAAGCAUAUGACCGAUGGUAUGCUGCUUCGAGAAGUCAUGUCCGACCCCACACUCUCUCGCUAUUCCACGAUCAUUCUUGAUGAAGUCCACGAGCGCACCUUAGCCACCGAUAUUCUCAUGGGCCUUCUAAAAGACAUCGUACGGAAACGAUCGGAUUUCAAGUUGAUUGUUAUGAGUGCCACUCUCGAUGCGCUCAAGUUCCAAACUUACUUCAGUUUGGAGCCUGGGAAGCUUGCCCCCUUGCUUAAAGUCCCUGGCCGCACAUUCCCCGUUGAAACCUUCUAUACGCAACAGCCCGAACCAGACUACGUUGAGGCUGCGAUUCGCACAGUCCUCAUGAUACAUCAAGCUGAAGAGCCGGGGGAUAUCCUAGUCUUCUUAACAGGAGAAGAGGAGAUUGAAGAUUCCUGUCGCAAGAUCAGAAUAGAGGCGGAUGACCUCCAAAAGAACAACCCCAAUCUUGUUGGACCCUUGGUUUGUAUACCUCUAUAUGCAUCACUACCUCCGAUGCAGCAGCAGCGAAUUUUCGACGACCCGCCACCUCCUGUGAAAGAUGGAGGGCCUUCGGGACGAAAAGUAGUCGUUUCAACAAACAUUGCAGAAACAUCGCUAACAAUCGAUGGAAUUGUAUACGUUGUUGAUCCCGGUUUCUCGAAACAGAAAGUCUACAAUCCUCGCAUCCGAGUUGAAUCUUUGCUCGUUUCUCCGAUCUCUAAAGCGUCGGCCCAGCAGCGAGCAGGUCGUGCGGGUCGAACUCGGCCAGGAAAAUGCUUUCGAUUAUACACCGAGAAGGAUUUCAUGUCGGAACUGGAAGAGCAGACGCAUCCAGAAAUACUUCGAUCCAACCUUUCCAACACUGUUCUUGAAUUGAUUAAACUCGGAAUAACCGACUUAGUGCACUUUGACUACAUGGACAGUCCAGCUCCGGAAACGAUUAUGCGUGCUUUAGAGCUAUUGAACUAUCUCCGUGCAUUGGACGAUGACGGAGAUUUGACAGACCUCGGGAGAAUCAUGGCAGAGUUCCCACUGGAUCCUCAACUUUCGAAGCUAUUGAUAUCAAGUGUUGAAUUUUCUUGCAGCAAUGAGGUUCUAACUAUUGCUUCCAUGCUUUCUGCCCCAGCCGUUUUCAUUCGUCCCCACGACCGACGCGCCGAAGCCGAUGCAGCUAAAGCCCUAUUUACCAUUCCAGAGAGUGACCAUCUUACACUCCUGAACGUGUAUAACAAUUAUAUGCAUAAUAUGCAAGAUAAAAAAUGGGCAUGGAAUAAUUAUUUGGCCGACAGGGCGCUCACUCAGGCCCAAAACAUACGGACACAGCUUAAAUCCAUGAUGGAGAAGCACGAUAUUGACCUUGUAUCCACUACGGACCAAGAGAAACUUUACGUCAAUAUUCGGAAAUCCUUAGUUUGCGCUUUCUUCAUGCAGAUCGCGCGCAAAGAAAAUCAGCGAAAGACGUAUUCAACAGUCAAGGACAGCCAACUUGUCCGAUUACAUCCUACUUGUGGCCUCGAUUCGGAACCGGAAUGGGUUCUCUUUAACGAAUUCGUAUUGACCGGCCAACCUUACAUCCGUACGGUGACUACUGUACAGGGCGAAUGGCUGCUCGAAUUCGCCUCCCAAUACUUUGAUCUCAAGACAUUCCCCGACGGAGAGACGAAACGACCGCUACAACGAAUCAUUAACAAGAGGAGGGCCAUCGUCAUGAAGGACAAUGAUGCUGGGGUUCGCAUUAAGAGGAGGAAGGCCAGUAAGACCGCAGGGAAGGCCGGAGGUGGCAAUAAGAACAUGGAUUCGACUGUGGGUGCGAACAAUUCAGGUGAUAGGAGGAGGGUCUCGAGUAAGGACGAUAUUAAUAGCCACAGUAAGGAGGGAGUUGCGAAGAAAAUCGGUGGUUACGAUAGGGAGGGGGCCGCUGAAAAGGAUGAUAAUAUUACAGAACUUGAAGGCGACAAAAAAAUUGGCACGCCCGAUUUAGAUGCACAACUCAGCCAGUUGACGAUUUAG